GAGAGAGAGAGAGAGAGAGAGAGAGAGAGAGAGAGAGAGAGCGCCUUUAGAUUCAGUAGACGUGUGCAGUGCAAGGCUAGUUCGGGAGGCACCGCAGUAGAUGAAUGCAAUACCAGAACACAGGUUGAAAUCGUGCGACAGAUUGCUGCUGGAGUUUUAUAAAAUGAUCUAAAUUUGAUGAAGGCACCGGAGUAAUCUGUAGCUCGACGCGUCUGGCAGGACUUGCAAAGUUUAUUUCGCCCCCUUAUUCACAUUCUUAUUGUUUAUUUUGCGUUUAGUUAAAUGUGUCAGAUAAGAGGAUGAAGAUUGGUUUUAGUGGUUAGCUUACUCAUAAUCUCAUGUAUCCUGUGGUCUAUGCAGCCCGUAACUUCAAUGCUUCACUGCUAAGAAUGAUCGGACGGCAAGCUUGCUGUGAGUCGGCUGUGCUUCAGGUGCAGUGCCUGUCCUAACUGAACAAUACAAAGGGAGGGGAUUUGAAGAAGCUGGCCGCAGACUGGCAAGACUUGGGAGGUGUAUCCGAAAAAGACGACUCAGCCAAGAAUUGAGUAGUUUAUCUCAGUCUCAUAUACUGGCACAGUUUUAAUUUUGUUCGUUAACUUUACAUAUCCAGCUGUAACUUCUGAUUUUUUAAAGAACCGGAUUGUAUUAUUAUUGAUUUGUGUAUGUAUUUAUUUUAGUUGUAGCUCUGUAAAGCGACGCGAUGGACGAUCUUUAUGCCGCAGAAUAUUACAACGGCACGGACUUUAACGUUUCCUCCAACGCAAACGGCACCGGCGAUGACCACUCCAACCAGUUCGUCCAGCCGGUUUGGAGGAUAGCGCUGUGGGCCGUCGCCUAUGCGACCAUCGUGAUGAUCUCGGUCGUGGGGAAUGUAGUCGUGGUCUGGAUCAUUGUCGCCCACAAGAGAAUGCGGACGGUCACCAAUUACUUUUUGGUCAACCUAGCUUUUGCCGAAGCCUCGAUGUCGGCGUUCAACACGGUGAUAAACUUCACCUACGCCGUGCACAACGAGUGGUACUACGGCUUGGUCUACUGCCGGUUCCAUAACUUCUUCCCCAUCGCCGCUGUGUUUGCCAGUAUCUACUCAAUGACAGCCAUAGCCCUGGACAGGUACGUGGCGAUCAUCCACCCCCUGAAGCAGAGACUGUCCUCCACAGAGACCAAGAUCAUCAUCUCUGUGAUCUGGAUCCUAGCGCUCUGCCUGGCCUUCCCCCAGUACUACUACUCCGUCACUGCAGAGCUGCCCGGGAGAGUGGUCUGCUACAUCGACUGGCCGGAGUACCAGCUCUGCGACUUCCGGAAGAUGUACUACGUGUGCGUGGUGAUUCUCAUCUACUUCUUGCCUCUCCUGGUGAUGGGCUGUGCCUACCUGGUGGUCGGGAUCACGCUCUGGGCCAGCGAGAUCCCCGGAGACUCGUCGGACCGGUACCGGGAGCAGCUCACAGCCAAGCGCAAGGUCGUGAAGAUGAUGAUCGUGGUGGUGUGCACCUUUGCAGUCUGCUGGCUCCCCUACCACGUCUAUUUCCUGCUCAGCGAAUUCUUCCCCAACCUCUUCCUGAAGCGCUUCAUUCAGCAGGUGUACCUGGCGACCAUGUGGCUGGCGAUGAGCUCCACCAUGUACAACCCCAUCAUCUACUGCUGCCUCAAUGACCGAUUUCGAGCCGGAUUCAAGCAGGCUUUCCGCUGCUGCCCCUUCGUCAAACCCGGGGACUACGAAGGGCUGGAGCUCAAGUCCACGCGCUACCUCCACACCCAGAACAGCAUGUACAAAGUGAGCCGUAUGGAGACCACCGUGUCCACCGUGGUCAACGCCAUCGACGAGGACGUGGAGGACAGCCUGAGGAUCAAGCGGCUGUCACUCGACCUCACAUCCAACGGGUCAACCCGCAGCAUGUCCAAAACGAUGUCCGAGACGUCCAGCUUCUACUCCAACACCAUGUCCUAGAGCAACUUGAUAAAC